AGCUGGUUAGAAACUCGAGAGUGUAAUACCUGACGAAUGAAUUUAUUAUUACAGAUUUUACUCAGUGAAGAAACAACGUCUAAAGUGAGUUGGGGGAGCUGUUUAUUCUCUCCAUUACUUAAACUUGUUUUCAUCAAAUGCUUUACACCCAACGGAAUAGCCUUAGUACGAGAGUGGGCGGCAGUAUUGUCGCAGUUGACAUAUCAGUGACGCAGGAAACGCAUGGAAACGGAAGGCUAUUGAAACACGAGCUGCUCAUUAUUUUGAUUACAAAUCCUUCAGUAUAGACCUGGCACUAACAAACGAAGGAGAGUCUUAUUCAUCGUGGUGGUUUGUAAUGUAUGGAUGGAUAGUUGACGGAUUAUCGUCGCUCUUCGUGCCCUUUUCUGGUGGGAAAUCCGCAGCCUGGCCUAGUGAGCGCGGUAACGCUGAAGCGCGAGCCGCGGACAUAGACACGCAGCGUCAGGAGAACAGCAGGCCCGCCAAACGCAACUAUCAAAGUGUGUACUCUGCUGAUGGUGCAGCGGAAUAUCCAGAGACCAAGAGAGCAAGACAUGAUGUGAUUGUCAGAGUUGUGAAGAAAACCUUUGCAGGGAUCGCUGGGCUGUUCCGUUUGAGACGCCACAGAAGUGCUGAAUAUGAAAAGCAGAAAGCCUAUACACAGGUUGGCAUUAUGGGUAUUGACGACAUACACAGCAACAGCCUGAUUACAUGGCAUGAGAGCGGUGAAAUGGAUACGCAAAUGGGAACAGCACCCAAUGUCCACCACAACCCAAAUGCUUUGAGGAAACCUGAUGGAGUAAUAAUGUACAAGGGAAGCCAGGAUAGAGCCAGAGAUCCGCCCCAGCGCAGAUCCCUGAAGCUGAUGCCGUCUUACGCCUCCCAAGGGCUUAGCGCAAGGCCGCCUGAGAUGGAGCCCUCAAGCCGUACGCACAAACCUUGCCUGACCGUGGAGGAGGCACUGCGAGAGAGUGAUCGAGAGCACUACAGGAAGCUGGUAGAGAUAGCAUCAGAGAAAUAUUCUAAGAGUAAACCGCUGCCAUUCGGACGGAUGAAGCCUCUGAUCACAACUUUUCCCCUCGAUGGACACAAGGCCUCCUCUCUCAGUCCCACUACUGACAUGGGCAGAUCUGCUUCAGUGAGAGCCAUCUCCAACAUGUCUGUGUGGAGGGAUCCAAUAUCACUGACGCAGACUAAAGAGAGAAUGAUGGAUGUUAAUCGGAACACAUCAGGAAGUGAUGUAAAGGAAAGAGGACUGGAUGGGCAAACGGCAAGAAAAAUCCCCGUUGAUGUGGAUCUGUCGGCGGAGGUUGAGGCCAGGUUGAAUCUUAAGGAGAAAGACAGAGCAGCAGGGCCUCAGCACUUGUUACCAUCCAGACCGGAACUGAUUACAGACACAAUGAGGCGCAGUGAGGAGGAGUUUCCAAGACUGACCAAGGAGAUGCAGCAGGAAGUGAGUGCUGCUCUUGCCCAGAGUGAUCCAAACCUGGUUUUAUGCAGUGCUUUCAAACUGCGCAUCACACAGAGGGAUCUGGCAACCCUGCAAGAAGGCAGCUGGCUCAACGAUGAGGUGAUCAAUUUCUACAUGAAUCUCGUGAUGUCACGCAGUGAGCAGGAAGUUGGGUGCAGGAAGGUCUACUCUUUCAGUACGUUCCUAUUUCCCAAGCUGCAUGGUGGUGGAUAUACUGCAGUACGGCGCUGGACCAAGGCUGUAGACCUCUUCCUGUAUGACAUCAUCCUGGUUCCCCUUCACCUGGGUGUUCACUGGUCUCUUGCUGUUGUUGACUUUAUAUCAAAGUCUGUACGAUCAUAUGAUUCCAUGGGUCAAAGGCAUGAUGACAUCUGCAACAUGAUUCUGCUUUAUCUGAAAGAAGAGUUCAAGGUGAAGAAGGGCAGAGAUUUGGACAUCUCUAAGUGGACAGUGAGCAGUCUACGACCUACCGAGAUUCCUCAGCAGAAGAACGGAAGUGACUGUGGUGUUUUUAUUUGCAAAUAUGCUGAUUAUAUCAGCCGAGGAUGCAACCUUACAUUCAGACAGAAUCAUAUGCCGUAUUUCAGGAAAGCCAUGAUCUGGGAGAUUCUCAACCAAAAGCUGCUGCAAUAGGAAUGUUGGAAAUGACGUACUGACUGAAUCCGAUUGACCAAUACAAAGGACCACCUAUGUCAUAUGUCUGUCCCUCAUGCUCUUUUUGUAGAUGCAUUUUGGCUUUAUUUUAGCCUCUUGCAAAAUUUCCCCCAGUUGUUAGGAUAGUUGAUUGCUGGUUCCAGGGCAGGUUAUUCAGCACAAAUAGCUGUCCCCUCUACUGUAAAAAUCCAAACACUAGAAGUGCACAUAUGGAGCAAGAAGCAGAACACUGGACUGGGGUCAGAAUGGGUGUCAGCAGAUGGAAGCCUCAUUAGCAGUUUUUGUGAGGCUGACACCAUUGUCGUUCCAAGAAUGUAGUCUUAUCACCCCCUACUGGUUACACUUUGAGCAGGUCCCAGUUCACAGAAGUUGUAAUAAAAAGUUACAAGAUAGAACUUGUUUUCAGUAUACAUUAUUGUCAGGAGUUUCUUAGUGGGGAGGUUGUUAGCAUUAACCAGUCUAUUUUUACAUAAUUUUUGAAUUAGUAAGAGAUAAGUUUGAGUUCUAAGAAAUGCAGUAUUGUCAACUUAGUAUGACAAGACUUAAAUGUUUUAAAACCAACAAUCAUACCCAUCAGUUUCAAAGCCAUCUUUAAUAAUGUCAUAGUUUAUUGUGAGUGGCAAUGAUUUACUUGUACUGAAAGCAGCAGUAUUCCGUGGAUCUGGUUUGUUUUUUGUGUUUAAAAACAACUGGCCUCAAGUGCCUUGAUCGUAGCACACCAUAUUUUGAAGUCAUAAGUAAAAUUGUCGUGUAAUAACAUUACGGCUUCAAACCUAAUAUUACUGAGGCAUCUGACAUGCUUGUAUUAAAGUUGUCUGUAUAGGGAAUUAACAGGACUUACUGCAAGUAAAACCAGAAUUGGAUGUCAGGGAGGGGAAUGUGUUUGUUUUCUUUUAGAUACUAAAUAAUAUAUUCAUACUCCCAGUGGCUGUAUUAGGCAUUCUUUUGAUUGAACUGGAAAUGAGGAGCAGUGAAGUUGUGCCAAGCGGACAUGUUAGUGGUUCAUUUCUGCAAUUCUGUUCCUCUGUCAUCCAGUAAUACAAGAUCAAAAAGUGCUUUAAUUCUAACUUGAAGUGAAGAGAAGAAAAAAGGUCUAUAUUUAUUUGUUUCUAUGUGGUUUUUUCAGAUUUUGUUUGAGCUUGAACGCAUAUCCUGAUGUGGAUUUAUUUGUGAGAUUGAAGAAUGUGUUUUGAUUGCUGUUGAAUGAGCAGAACGUGUUCUGAUAAGAGCUUUAAUAUAGAAAAUGAAAAGGCCCACUGCAUAUGCACGAUUUGUGUCAUUAAUGCAGAAUGUUGGUCAUUAUUUUUGUAAGUAAUAAAGAUGAGAAAUGAAA